ACAUCCGAUUAUCCGAACAUCUCCAAUGAAUGAGGAGAGAUAUUCCCAACGCGCAGCUGUAAUAUCGUGUGCGUAGCAGAUACGACUCCGACUAGCGAGUGUCUUAUCACGCAAUAAAAGGGCGCGUAACAACUAACAGGUCAUGAUAAGAUUAUCCUCUCCGACAAGGAGAAAACCGUCAGAUGGAAGCGGGCGCCCUGCUCCGUUCCAUUUCAUGGAUUCCAAUACGUCAUCUUCCUCGUCGUUGUCUUCCCAUCUUCCCGCGCUCCCUUAGGGCUUCGUCGGAUGUUCAGGGAGGAUACAGAGGACCAAAGCCAAAGAAGGAUUGGGUAGCAGAUUGGGUCUCCAACAACGACGAUACAGUUCGAAGCUUGCCUAUCUACGUGGGAGGACUCUCCCUCUUGGCCGUUCUUUUCAACCGCAGUAUCUCAGGUAUCGCCCCUGUCGCUGAUGCCAGCAGUUCACAAUCAAGAGCAGAUUUACUUACACUUGGUCUAGCUGUUACCAAUGUUCUCACUGGUUUGGUAUGGCUGUCAAUCCGACCAAAAUCUAUCUCUGUGGUAAAUCCUCAAGGUGUGACAUGCCAGAGGAUACAUUAUGAUCUUCCUGAUUAUGUAGUUUCUGAACUACUGUGGAUAUGGGAAUCUCUGUCAGUUGCAACCUGCUGCAGGUCAUUGAUAAUUGUUUACCAAGACAAUUGUGUUCUUCAAAUUGGGGUUGCAGCAGAAUCUUCCAUAAAUAGUGGUGAUCCUAUUAUUGUUGAUACCACUAAAUUGGUGCAAGGGUCGCUUUAUGAAAGUGUUAUGAAAUCUGGAUCACAAAGCUACUUGGCCAACCUAUCUCUUUAUCCUGCGAGAUCUGAGCUGCCAUUUCUGCCUUCAAAUACACAGGCAGUCAUCUUGCAGCCACUUGGAGAUAAAGGAAUCGCAGUAAUUGGUGGUGACACAAUCAGGGGCUUCACUACUAGUGAUCAGGCCUGGAUUACAUUAAUAGCCGAGAAGCUGGAUUCCACGCUUUCAAAAUAUUCGAAUAGCCUCACUUUGGCCACACAGAACAAAGUUUGAAAAAGAAUCGAUCUGCAGAUAAUUCACAUUAUACAUAUACACAUUUGCUAAAUCUGUUUAGCCCAGGUAAUUCUUCUUUCUUUCUUUUCCUACUACUUUGGUGGUAGGUAGUACUUGCCAGAUGCCAGGGAGGAGGGGAAGGUAGUGGGCAUUUUCUGUCCUUUCUUUUCUAUGGUGACUGCUAAUCAACAUUGUUAGAUGUUGCAGCUCUUAUGGAUCCUUUGAGACGCAGAGUGCUGACACAACACUUCAGACAAAAAGAGUGCUUUUAAUAUGCAGCUCCAACCCAAGAAGGUAGGUUCCGAGUCUUUUGACAAACGCACGUUUCAUGUGGGGAAAAAAAACUUCUCUCAUAUCAGGCUAAAGUGGAUGAUAUCACCUGUCCAGAUGACGUUUUACCUAAAAUCUAUUUUUCUUUCGUAUUGGGUCAUUUGUCAGACUCAGAUUAGGUUCUUCUUUUGCUACUUAACUAUUUCUUUUCGCUUUUAUUUAUGAGGAAAGGAAAAUGGUUCUACCCCUCUGUAUCUGUUCUCAUCCCAUGGUCUUGACUGCUAGGGGGCCAUGAUGUUGCUCUAGACUCAAGUGUCGACCAAGGUCAUGGGCCGUGCUCAAUGCAAUGGAUGAUAAGAAUUAUGAAAGCAAUUCAAUUCAUGAUCAGAAAUUCAGAAGCACAAGAACAUUGCUUUUGGGAUGUUGUCAUC